AAACAGCUCGCUGGAGAGAGAGAGCACGAACACACAAAAGGAAAUAGUAGUUUUCCGUACGAAUCGAAUCAAAUCGAGCCCAGCCCAAAAAAGCGGAAAACGGUGCGGACUCGCCAGCGGUUGCAAUUUUCAAUUCGAUAAACUGAGUCACCCCUCUGCACAACAUGCAAACCAUCAAGUGCGUGGUCGUCGGCGACGGAGCCGUGGGCAAGACCUGUCUGCUCAUUUCGUACACAACCAACAAGUUCCCCUCGGAAUACGUGCCCACGGUCUUCGAUAACUAUGCUGUCACCGUCAUGAUCGGCGGCGAGCCCUACACACUGGGGUUGUUCGAUACGGCCGGACAGGAGGAUUACGACCGACUGCGUCCGCUCUCCUAUCCACAGACAGACGUCUUCCUCGUCUGCUUCUCAGUGGUCAGUCCCAGUUCCUUUGAGAACGUCAAGGAAAAGUGGGUGCCCGAGAUCACACACCAUUGCCAAAAAACACCGUUCCUGCUGGUGGGCACACAAAUUGAUUUACGCGACGAGACUAGCACACUGGAGAAGCUGGCCAAGAACAAGCAGAAGCCCAUCACCAUGGAACAGGGCGAGAAGCUGGCCAAGGAACUAAAGGCCGUAAAGUAUGUGGAGUGCUCGGCCUUGACACAAAAGGGCCUAAAGAAUGUAUUCGACGAGGCCAUCCUGGCCGCAUUGGAGCCGCCAGAGCCCACAAAGAAAAGGAAGUGCAAAUUCUUAUAAUUCUUCUUCCCCUACACGAUGUAUCCCUUUCAUUCUGGCUUUCUACUACAAUGACUCCUUCCCAGCCUUCCGACGUCGAGAAGCGUUCAAUAUAUACCCAUAUAUGUUUUGGAUUAUGUUAUUCUGCAAUCGUUUCUGCCGGAGCCCAGUCCAGCCCAGUACUUGAGAAGCUACUUCCUCUCCAUCUGCCUAUGUCUCUCCCUAUCUCUAAAUCUCUUGUUCCGUUUAUGUGUCAGUACUGUCUAUGCUCCUCCAUUGGAGCCACAAUUAACCUGUAUUUUAGUCGGAUUCUAUGAUUUACCUAUCUGUCCCAGCUGACUGGGCAGUUGCUUUUAACUCGGGACAGUCUUCCGCCCCACAAACUUCUAAUCCAAUCCCAGCCAGGAUCCAAUCCCAGCCAAUUCAACCCCGCCCAGCAGGUGAAAUCAAAUCAAAAUCCAGCCGAUUUCAUAUCUGCUCGCAUUCUUGUUUUUGGCGCAAUUUUCUAUUAAGUAAAGAGAGAAAACACAAUAUCUAUAUAGCGAAACAAAUAAUUUAUAUAUAUUUCUUUAUAUAUAUACAAGAUUUAAGGAGAAACAAAAUAUAAAAUUAUGAUAAACAAAACAAUCCAGAACAAAUCAACAAAAAAGAAGCAUAAAACAGAAGGGCAAAUGAAAAGAACCAUGCACUUUUUUUUGUUUUGCAUCAGUCGAUAAAAAAAACACUUGCAAUCCAAGUCGAUAUAUGUAGUCCCAAGAGCAACGUGAAAAAUAAGCAAAGUCGCGAAGAUUAUAUAAAAUAUUUAUAAUAACUGAGGGCGUUAUGUUCAAACAACGGAGGUUGGAAGGAAUUCGCUGACAUGCAAAUAUGAAAGUGAAGCUUAUUAUGUAAUAAAACUAAGAGUAUGAGUAUUGAAAUAUGAUUAAAAAUAAAUUAAAAAUAAAAGAAAAGGAAAACAUAAACAAAACUAGGCGUUGCAAACACAAACACACAUCUGAAAUCUACAAUCUAUAUAAAUAAAUAUAUAUAUAUUUAAAUAUGUAUAAUCCAUAAACAUAUAACAAUAAAACAAAUGGCCACAGCAAGAAAAAUUUGUAUUGUAGUUCAGCAAAAAAAAAAAAAAAAAACAAAGAAAAGAAAAUACGAACUAAUGCAUUUUUUAAUAUUUUUAUAUGUAUACAUUAUCAAUUUUUACAUUUUUUUUCUAGACCUUAGUGAUUUAACAUUAUUGAUUUCAGAUAAUAUCUUAUAAUAAAACGAAAUCCAAAACGAA